GCGUGCGCUCAGCCCAGCGUGAGCGGCACCUGCUAGUCCCGGCUCGCCUAGGAGGCCGCCUCGCCCGGCUCCCAGCCGCUGCGCCAGCCGGAGUGGCUCCUCCAAGGGCUUCGAGGGCUCCGAGAUCGCCCUGCAGCCGCGGUCCCCCCGCCGCCUACAAGUCCGCCUGGCUCCGAGUCACGUGUCAGUGCCCGAGGCAGAGACAGAAAAAAACGCGCUUCAUUCCUUCUUCCACCGCCAUACUGUAUUUUCCUAAAUCUCAUUUUUAUUCCAACAUUUUACUCCCGCUCGGUGAGUACAUUCUCCGUGGCAUUCUUGUCCUAUUCUUUUUUUUUUUUUUUUUUUUUCUUUUUUUUUUUUUGUUUUUUACUUCUUUUUUUUUUUCCCACUUCUUUGAUUACUGUUUGUAUUUGGGAAAGCUGACGGAGCAUGGUCUUGAGCCUUUUCCUGAAUCAAGUUUUACUAGCAUGCGAUGGUUCUCUAGACAAGGCGCUGUGUCCUGGAGUUCGCGGCGACAGUGCCCGCUGCGAGCGACUCCCAAGUCCUGCAAAAUGUGCAACUGGUUUUAUGGAAAAAGCGAUGUGAAAUGUUGUGCCUAUUUUUUUCCCUUUGUAAAGAUAAGAAAGCAUGUUUCUAACUCUUUUUUUUUCAUACUCUUUUUCUGAUUGCAUUUUUGUGUAGGUGGGACUUUACAGUGUUCACAAGUUUGUGGUCUUGCAAUUCGGUGUGCACCACCGAGCAAAGACAUUAAUUUUACAUUUUUAUGACCUUUUUGGAAGUUCAUGAGAAAUAUUUCGGUUUUUUUCCCUCCUGUUUUUGAUACCCAUUGAUAACAUGAAACUUUUCUUGCAGCUAGUUACUGGGAUCAUUUUUAAGCAAAAUGAUUUUUUCCUCCUUUACAUUAAUAUGACUUUUGCACAUUUGACUUUUUUAUUUAAAAAAGCCGAGAUAAUUUUACGAUAGAUAUCCUGAUAUCUACAUCUAUAUUAUUCCUUCUUCCUCCCUUUCCCCUCCCCGUAAAUCAAUUUUCAAAUGAUGGCAGUGGAAGGUUUUUCUGGAAAAAAAAAAUGAAGUGCGGUUUGGUUUCCUUGUCAACGGAGGAUGAAGUGAACAGCACAACAGCUCGCAGAGAGCAGGAUUAAAACAAGGUGAGCCAACCAUGACCGGCAAAACACAGACCAGCAAUGUUACCAAUAAGAAUGACCCCAAGUCCAUCAACUCCAGGGUUUUCAUCGGUAAUUUAAAUACAGCCAUUGUCAAGAAAGUCGACAUUGAAGCCAUUUUUUCCAAGUAUGGAAAAAUUGUCGGAUGCUCGGUUCACAAAGGGUAUGCAUUUGUACAGUACAUGAGUGAGCGCCAUGCAAGAGCUGCAGUGGCUGGAGAGAACGCCAGGGUCAUCGCAGGCCAGCCACUUGAUAUUAACAUGGCAGGGGAACCGAAACCAUACAGACCAAAGCCUGGAAACAAGAGGCCCCUAUCGGCACUUUACAGGCUUGAAUCAAAGGAACCAUUUCUGUCUGUUGGUGGUUAUGUCUUUGACUAUGAUUACUACAGAGAUGAUUUCUACAACAGGUUGUUUGAUUACCAUGGGCGUGUACCUCCACCUCCUCGAGCUGUCAUCCCACUGAAGCGUCCCAGAGUGGCUGUUGCAACCACACGCAGAGGAAAAGGUGUCUUUUCCAUGAAAGGGGGAUCCAGGUCUACUGCUGGUGGGUCUUCUUCAUCAGGCUCUAAAUUGAAAUCAGAUGAGUUACAGACAAUCAAGAAAGAAUUAACCCAGAUCAAAACUAAAAUUGACUCCUUGCUAGGGCGCCUGGAGAAAAUUGAGAAGCAGCAGAAGGCUGAAGCAGAAGCUCAGAAGAAGCAAUUGGAAGAGACUAUAGAGCUGAUUCAAGAAGAGUGUGUGUCAGAGAAUGCAGACCACUCCACAGAGGAGCCUGCUGAAGGAGGGCAAGAAGCGGAUGGAGGAGAGAUGACUGAUGGGGUGGAGGAGGACUUCGAUGAAGAUGGGGGUCAUGAGCUGUUUCUGCAGAUAAAGUGAUCUGAAGUAACAUACAAUGCCACAGAAGAAGAUGAGAGAAACUGUGAUGACUUGCAGAAAUAUGAAAGGUGGUUUCUUACUGGAUAGCGGCGUCUCUGAUUCAAUUUAUAUAAAAUCCCUGAUGCAUACAGUUUCCCUUUAAGAAGUCCAUUUCCUCUGUGUUAUAACCUGUACAAUUGUUGUUUUAUGGUUUACAUUGUAAAUGUGUUUUCCCUAUUGCUAAUUAUGUUUUUUAAGUCUUAAAUUGUGAAGGACAUUUAUGAAUGGUAAGAGAGACACUGUAUACAAAUGUAUAUUUGUAAAAGCUAUUUUUAUGAUUAGCAUGUGUCAUUGUUGAGCACAUAUAUAGUCAAGUGGUAUUGCAAUUCUACAUGUAAAACUUAUUUCCAACAAUGUCAUGAAAAAAUAUACAUUGUAUGCUAGUUUUAUAAUUUAUUUAUAAUUUAUAAUUUCAGGUACUUUAGGCCCAUAAGGAAAAGUAUUGAAAAAAUUAUAUUUCUUCCCUCUAUAAGCACCAUUUUAUUAGUAAAGAAUGCAGUUAUUUCAGAUGUGAUAGGACAGUUAAAAGACUUUGGUUUAAUCUGUGAGCAUGCUGGGCUCUACUGAAUUGAAAUGAUCUAAUUAUCACCUAAUACUUCAGUCUGACUGUGAGAUUCCAUGGACAGGUUUCAGUGCUUUAACAGGUGAGAAGUAGGUUGAUAAGGAAAGGAUUGUCUUGUACUCGGAUCCAAAAGUUUCAGUUAGUAUACGGACCACUCCAUCUCAUCUUGGCUCCCUCAGAGCCCUCUGUUCCCAAGCAUUGCAAGUGUUUUCCAAUACUGUUCCCAAGCAUUGCAAGUGUUUCCAAUACUCCUAGCUAUUGUCUUGUGCUGUGGAAAUGGGAGAAACCAUAUCUACGGGCUGUAGGAGAAUUCAGCAUAUAAUUUCUUAAUAAAUAUUCAUUCUUUUAAAACAAAGUUAGUGUGCGAUUUUACUUUGGGAUGCAUUUAUAAUAUUCAAUGUGAAUAUUCAC